GUAUUUUUGGUUAAUUCACCCAAUUUUAUUUCUGCCUAACCUUCUCAGAAGAGGGAAAAAAAAAAAAAGCAGAGAAUCAUUAUUUCCUCUUCUUCUCGUUAUACGAAUUUGGUUGUACCAUGCAAAACCUGGAUUCAUGAGCUUCUCAAUUCUAAAGAGAUUACCUUUAUUUUCUCCACCAUUUGUCAACGUAAUGGCUUUAUCAUCUUUCUACUGUGGAGUUCAAUCAAAGAGAUUCUUAGUGUUAGCCCAGCAGCUGCGUCAUUAUAAGCCUCCACCUUGUUCCUGGGAUGACAACGAGGAACGAAUCAUUGAGGAAGCCGCCGGGAAAUUUGUUUCCCAAGUGGGUUUUCAAGAAUCCGUUACCCGAGUGGCUCAAAACCCAGAAAAGUUUAGAUCCAAAAGAGCUUCUGUUUUGAUCUGUCUCUUUGAAGGGGAUGCUGGGGAUUUGCGUGUCAUUUUGACCAAAAGGUCUUCAAGAUUAUCUACUCAUUCGGGGGAAGUUUCAUUGCCUGGUGGGAAAGCAGAUGAGGGGGACAAAGAUGAUGGUGAUACAGCAACUAGAGAGGCUAAAGAAGAGAUUGGGUUGGACCCUUCACUUGUCAAUGUUAUAACUGUUCUUGAACCAUUUUUGUCUAAGCAUCUCCUAAGAGUAGUUCCUGUUAUCGGUGUACUUAACGACAGAAAGGCAUUCAAGCCUACUCCGAAUCCUGCUGAAGUGGAUGCAGUAUUCGAUGCUCCACUGGAAAUGUUCAUUAAGGAUGAAAAUUGAAGCGCGGAAGAGAGAGAAUGGAUGGGAGAGAAGUAUCUUCUUCACUUCUUCGACUAUGAAAUCGAGAAUAAGAGGUAUUUAAUAUGGGGUUUAACUGCUGGUAUUUUGAUAAGAGCUGCUUCAGUGGUCUACCAGCGACCCCCUGCUUUCCUGGAACAGAGUCCCAAGUUCAAGUUUCCUGGACUUGUGGACAAAUAAUCAAACUACGCAUCAUAGAAAAAAUUUAGUCAACGUAACUUGUGCAUCAACGGCAUCUCGAAAAGUAAAUAGUCCAUCAUAAAUUAUAAACGAGACUGUUCAUUCAUGUCAAUCUUCCCCUUGUUUUACUCUUCCUUCAAACAAUUAGAACAAGAACAAAUUAUUAUUAUUAUUAUUAUUAUUAUUAUUAUUAUUAUUAUUAGCCAAAUUAGCAACAAGACAGCUCUGCUAGCAGGAUUCAGAUAUCUAGAAACAGCUCAAAGUUUACUAAAUUCUUUCCUACUAAAUUUCUCCAUCUCUUCUCUAAAAUCAGCUAUGGCACUCUCACGCAAGCUCACCAACACUUUAAAUCCUUUAUUCUUCCCUGUAUUUGAUGAAGCAUAAGGCAGGAAAAAGCAUGGCUCCACACUCCCAAGGAAAUUGGUUGAAAGUGGCAACACUGUAGUGGGACCUCCCCAACCAAAAUCUACAGCCGAAUGGCCCAAAUGUCGCCAAUCAGUGAACCCACUCACCCCUUUCCCAGCCGUGAUGCCGUCUUCAUAGUGCAGUUCUU